UAUCUGUGACUUGGUUUAGAGAUGAAAAUGAAGGUCCACUGGAUAUAAAAAGGCCGUUGUCCUUACGGCAAUGCGCAGUACACGAAGGGUUGGCUGAGAAGACAAACCGUUGUUGAGUGUUGUGGGUUGUUUAGGUUCUAGUCAUGAAGUUUGGUCUCGCGAUGAGGCUCCUCCUCGCCGCCUGCGCUCUGGCGCUGCCCCGUCUCUCUACCUCGACCCCCUUGGCCUCCCCGCCGCUGAGCCCCUGCCCGGCCCUGCCCUGGCCCUGAGCCCCAGCCUGGCCCUCUCCCUGCCCCUAAUCCCCAGCCCGGCCCCGCCCCAGGCCCCAAGCCCGACCCCACCCCGCCCAAGCCCGACCCCUGUCUUCAGCAUCUUCAACCACUACGGCCACCAUGGCCCUCUCGGGGGACACAUCAUCUACGGCGGACAAGGCGGCCAUGGCGGCCACGGGACCGGCCCACGGGGCCGGGGGAGACCACGCGUUGGAGCAUCGUUCGGGCCACGCCGAUCACGGAGGGCACGGUGACCACGGAGGCCACGAUGCACAUGGAGGGCACGCUGCUCAUGAUGGGCACGCACCGCAUGGAGGCCAAGUUGCACAAGGUGGGUACCCAGUGCCCGGGAAACAAUACCGCUUCCCUCCGUACCCAGGAUACCCAGGUUACGGGGGUGUCGUUGGGUAUCCGAGCCACAAUGGACACGGAGGGCAUGAUGGGCACGGAGACCACGGAGGCCAUGGUGGGCACGGAGACCACGGAGGCCAUGGUGGGCACGGAGACCACGGAGGACACGGCGGUGGCCACGGCUACGGAGACCUCAGCGACGUGUUCCACCCGUACAACGUGUUCCUGCGCAGCAACCGCGAGUACUUCGCCGAGCACCCCGAUGGCUACGACUUCCACUACUUCCCGAGCUACUAUUUUGGACGCUUCCUGCACCCACAUGAACGAGCGUCAAACUAAAGAUUUAUAAUACAUGCAUAAGUUGAUGUAAACAUACAGACUACACAGAAUACACAACAAAAUGUGAAAUAAAAGUCAAUGUAGGCCUACCUAUGUGUGUUUGUGAGUGUGUUGUUAUUGUUGUUGUUGGUUUUCAUAUCAAUAAAUAAGCUAUUCUUUACUUACGGGUAAAACAACUUU